GCUACAACACACAAAACCUCUUUGUACCGACAGUAACAUAAAUCUCCAGAAAACAAAAUAGAUGGAAACAUUACAAAAUGCCUACGAUUGGCUCAAAUAGUCAAAUAGAUCUGUGACUUCUGUGAGAAACACGUGGAGGAGUUUUUGUUAGUAAACAUCCGUGUUAGUGACUUUUUUUUAGUGUAAUUGGAAGAGGAAACAUCAAAGAUUUGUAUUGGGUCGCCGGCAAUAUAUUCAAAAACUUUAUGUAUAAAUUCAAAUUUAUUCGAAAACCUGAUGUUAGAACCAAUUUUAUAUUCCGGAUGCUGGUUACUCUUGGUCAUCAUGAGUCUUAUAGCAAGUUGGUUGAAAUACAAUAAUAAGUUCCCUUCACAAAUUCUCAACACAAAAUAUUCUUCUUUUAAAAACUUGCCCACUCUAAAAUCUUACCCCGUGAUAGGUCACUCAUAUUUGUUUUUUCCUGGAGGUAAAUAUAAGUCUGAGCGCUUAACUGAAGCUUUUGUCGACAUAAGUAAAACUUUGGGGCCAAUUUUUAAAUUAAAUUUGGGUGGAUCAGCAAUAGUUGUUACUCUUGAUCCUGACCAUACUAGAAUUUUGUUUCAAAACGAGGGGACUAGACCUGAAAGGCCCCCAUUUCCGGCUUUGCUUCAUUUUAGGCGGAAAACUUUUAGUAGUACGGGAGUUGUGCCUGGAAAUGGCGAAGAAUGGUAUAAGAUGAGAAAAGGAGUAACUCCUUUAUUAAAACUUCAAUUGAUAGAACCCUACAAAAGGCAACAAGAAGACAUUGCUAAGACUUUUGUAGACUAUGUAAAAACGUUUAGAGAUGAGAAUUUCGUGUUACAUGACAUUUUCUCACAUUUGCUAAAGUUCACAAUUGAGGCGAUCUCAAUAGUCUUUCCGGGCCAUCGCUUUCGUUGUCUCUUUAGCGAUAAUUUAGAGACAGAACAAAUUAUUAAAGCGAGUAUAGACUUUAUGGAUGGUUUAUACGGUACACUUAUCGAGCCACCAUUUUGGAAAAUAUGGAAGACACCAUCUUACAAGAAACUUGAAUCAUCUCAUAACACAAUUUAUAAGAUUUUAGAACGACAUUUAGAAGAGAUGAAAUUUUAUUUCUCUGAAAACCCUGAGUCCGUGAAACAGUUACAACCAUACAUGUACUCCCUUUUCAGCAAUGAUCAACUUUCAUGGGAUGAUAAAAUUAUGCUAGCUAUGGAAAUAUUCCUAGGUGGUAUUGAUGCUACUGCUACAACUAUAGCUUUCACACUGUACUACUUAUCCAAAAAUAUUGAAAUUCAAAAUUUGGCUAGAUCAGAAAAUACAGAUUUUCUCAAAGCUUGUAUUCGGGAGACAUUGAGACUCUCACCCACCGCGGGUGGCAAUUCCCGAUUUUUAAAUAACGAUGCUGUGAUCGGAAACUACUUGAUACCAAAAGGGACAUUAGUUUUAUCACUUAACUCAGGAAUGUCAUGCAAUGAAAGGUAUUUUAAAGAUGCGCAAAAGUAUUACCCACAAAGAUUUGUAAAAGCGACGAGGGAAGAUUUUCAUCGUUAUGCGUCGUUGCCUUUUGGCCACGGUCCCAGGAUGUGUCCAGGAAAAAGAGUCGCUGAAAACGAAAUAGUUAUUCUAUUAUCAGAGAUCCUGAAAAACUUUACUUUGGAAUCGGUGGGAGAUUCGGAUGUGGGGAUGGUUUUCCGGAUGAACCGUAUUCCGGAUAAGCCGAUAAACGUAAGAUUUGUAAAUACAAAUCACUAAAUAUUUAUUAUUUCAUUGUACAACAAUACAUGUUUUCAAAAUUACACUAGUAUUAGUCCAUUUACAUUUUCAUAUUUACAUUUUUAAAUGUAUAUUUUUGAUAUUGUUUAUAAUUUUGUACAAUAAAAAUCUGAUUAAAGCUUAUAUGACUUUA